GUAUGGUUUUGGUGGGCAUGGCCAAAACCCUCAGAGUUUCAUCUUCAACUUCAAAGCCGAGAGCGUCAAGAAAGGAAAAGGGAAAGGGAAAAGCUACUGCAGAGGGUUAUAGUGAUGGGGAUGAUGAGUCUCAUGAAUUUGAGGUGAAAGAAACUAAGAGUGGAGUACGAGACGAUCAUGGAUGGGAAGUCUGCCACUUGCGAGCAGAUGGCUGA